AAGGCGUAUUAUCCAUACUAACAUAUGUUCUCUGACUUCACAGAUUCAUCUGAUGAAUAUCUGAUAGUGGACUCUGUGGUGAAUGCGGAUGGCAAGUGCUCGACGUCCAAGUGUCCCAAGUUACGCUUCUUUAAGGGACAGCGAAAGUCGGUGCAGUUGGUUUACAGUCAAUAUGCGUAUGCCAAGAACAAGGAGCACGGUCCGACCAUCUACUGGAAUUGUCGCGUUCGGCGCACAGGAGUGCCUCCUUGCAGCGCAAGACUCUCAACGAGAAGACUGGCAAAUGGUAGAUACAAAGUCUGGCUAACUCGGCCCGAGCACAAUCAUGCACCGUCCAAGCGGAUUGCACGCAUGCUGAAGGAUAUUUGACAUUAGUCAAUUUAUAGUUUAGUGUUUAAGAUGAAAAUAUAUAAGGCGCCUCGAGGCGUACAGUAUUAAA